AUGGUUGAGUGCUCCCAAAAUAUCAAUAUAGUCAAACAACAUAACUCGGAUCACAUACCCAUAUAAGAGCAAUUAAAUGAUUCCACUCCUAAAACAAAUAAAGAAAGCCCCACUCACUAUGUGAUAGAAACCAACGAGGUAAUAUAAGGGUACGAUGAAAAUGGUAGAAGAUAGGUUAAUCAAUAUGUGUUCUUGAAAACAAUUGGGUAAGGUGCAUUUGGUAAAGUUAAGCUUGCGCAUUUGAAGGACGAUCCAUGCCAACUUUUUGCAGUUAAAAUAUUCAGAAAGUCUCAUCUAAGAAAGAAGAAAGAGUACUUCAGGAAAAAAGAAGGUGGAAUGGGCUUCAAAAGUCAACUACAAAAUGUGCAAUAAGAAAUAGCAAUAAUGAAGAAGCUGGUUCAUCCAAAUCUAAUUCAACUCUAUGAGGUUAUUGACUAUGAUGAAGGCGAUAAAUUAUACAUGAUAAUGGAUUAUGCUGAAAACGGAGAGAUACUUAAAUGGAAUUAAAAGACUUGCAAAUUCAGCCCAUUCAGAGCUGGGCAAGCAUAUUUGCUUGAGUCUGAAAUAAAGAAAUUCAUGAGACAUUGCAUAAGAGGUCUCCAUUUCAUGCACACAAACAAUAUCGUUCAUAGAGAUAUUAAGCCACAAAAUCUCUUAAUUACUAGCAAAUUGAAGGCCAAACUCGGUGAUUUCGGUGUGAGUCAACUCUUUGAAAAGGGUGACGAUGAUAAGAUAAGUAAAACUGAAGGAACUUAUCACUUUAUGGCACCUGAGUGCUGUGAUCCCGAUGUUGAAAGUUUUAGUGGAAAGGCUGCUGACAUAUGGGCAUUAGGUGUCACAUUGUAUUGUAUGGUAUUCAAUGAACUCCCUUUCUGGGAUGAAACAGAGUUUGGUAUCAUUCAAAAAAUACACAGAGAAGAAAUUAAGAUAAGUGAUUCAAGAUAGAUAUCCCCAGGGUUGAGGCAUUUACUGUCAAGAAUGCUUGAGAAAAAUCCAGAAAACAGAGCAAGUAUUACUGAGUUAAGAGAAAAUGAUUGGAUAAAUGAGGAACUAGCUUCAUUAGUGAACUCACUGAAGCAGACUUACAAUAUGCACUUACUCCUAUUCACAGAAUAGUUUUUGCUGUAAGUAUAAAUUUCAGAUUAUUUGCUUUACCUAAAAUAGAAAAAAUUCGGUAAAUAAUGGAAGAAAAACGCCAGUAAUAAGGCUAUGCUAGAAAGAUAAAAAUCUAAGGAAUAAGAUGAAGCAUCGCCCAAAGAUGAUUAGAUUCUACAUCAGGAUGUAAAUAAUUAAAUGGCUAAACUUGAUAUGAAUUUAUGA